AUGUCCCGGGGUCUCCGCGGGCGAUACGCGUCGGACCGGGACAAAAAGUGUAUACUUUAUCAGGUGUGUAAACAGCGGCGUAGCUCGGCAGAAAAUUAUGGCGGGACCGGUGUACUCGCGGGCGCUUCGGGCUCCCGGCCGGCACCGGCCUUAAACAGAGUUUAUUUGUAUCUCUACCAUGGAACACCAUUUUCUGCUUUAUUACUCCACCUUUUUUACGCCUAUUUCCACGUUCUGUUUUUUCCUCUGCUGGGAAGAGCCGCACGAGCGUUUCUUCUCGUCGUGUAUCUUAUCGUCGACGGAACGUAGUCGUUCGUUAUCAGCCAAUAUUCUCGCCUCGCGUGCAGAUUCGCUUUCACGUUUGAACGUCGCCUAUUCGUCGAAAUGUGAUUUCACCGAAGAUACAGAUAAUAAGAAAAGAAGUCGAAUAACCUAUGGUAUCGAUAAUAUCUCGAGAAUCGGUCGAGAUAUCGAAACGAGGCGCGGGAACGUCGAUCUAUCCAAACAAACGUCAAUUUUCGAGCACUUGAAAAUUCGUAGCCCGUCUCGUGUCGCAACGACGAUCGCACUAUGGUUUGCACAAGUGUUCGGUGGCUUGUUAAUCGGCCGCUCGUCAAACGGAUGCUAA